UCCAAAGCAUCAAGGCUAGCAAUUGAGGGACUGAAAUAUAAUCGGUGGUGAUACAUUUUUACCACAUAAAACAUUCUCUGCCUCCAAAGCCUCGGGUGUCUCUAGUAAGCAGUGCAUCAGCAACAGCUCCUUGCUGCUGGACUUCAGAGGGAAAAAAAUUGGAUCAGAAUGUCCCAGCAAAAAUGCAUUGUGAUCUUUGCACUGGUGUGCUGCUUUGCGAUUCUGGUUGCACUGAUAUUUUCUGCAGUGGAUAUAAUGGGAGAAGAUGAGGAUGGACUCUCAGAAAAGAAUUGUCAAAAUAACUGUCGGGUUGCUCUUGUAGAAAACAUUCCUGAAGGUCUAAACUAUUCAGACAGUGCACCAUCCCACUUGUCUCUUUUUCAAGGCUGGAUGAAUUUGCUUAAUAUGGCUGAAAAGUCUGUUGACAUAGUAUCUUCCCAAUGGGAUCUCCAUCACAGUCAUCCAUCUGCAUGCCAGGGCCAGCGUCUUUUUGAAAAAUUGCUAGAACUGGCGUCUCGAAAUAUUGAGAUAAAACUAGUGAGCGAUAUACUGCCCACCGAAUCAAAGGUAUUAAACGACUUGAAAACAAAGGGUGCAGAAGUGCUGUAUAUGAAUAUGACUGCUUAUAAUGAAGGUCGCCUUCAAUCAUCAUUCUGGAUUGUUGAUAAACAGCAUGUAUACAUUGGAAGUGCCAGCUUAGACUGGAGGUCAUUGGGACAGAUGAAAGAGCUUGGUGUCAUUGUGUACAACUGCAGCUGCCUCGUCCUAGAUUUACAAAGGAUAUUUGCCUUGUAUAGCUCAUUAAAAUACAAGAAUAAAGUGCCUCCAAGUUGGUCUAAGAGAUUGUAUGGCGUGUAUGAUACACAAAAUAAACUGACGCUGCAGCUGAAUGAGACAAAAUCAGAAGUCUUUGUGUCGAAUUCUCCCAAACUCUUUUGUCCAAAAGACAGAGUCUUGGAUAUUGAAGCUAUCUACAACGUUAUAGAUGACGCCAAACAGUUUGUUUAUAUAGCUGUCAUGGAUUACCUCCCUAUUGUCUUUGACACAAAUGCUAAAAGGUACUGGCCAUAUUUGGAUGGGAAGAUAAGAGAAGCACUAGUGUUACGAAAUAUUACAGUCCGGCUCCUCAUAAGUUUCUCAAAAGACACAGAUCCCCUUACAUUUAACUUUGUUUCAUCUCUUAAAGCUAUUUGCGCUGAGGUUCCCAGCUGUAGUUUAAAAGUUAAAUUUUUUGAUCUUGAAGAGGAGAAUGCUUGCUUUCUCAAAGAACAAAAGAAUACUUCCCUUCCCAAAUUAAACCGGAAUAAAUAUAUGGUGACUGAUGGAGCUGCUUAUAUUGGUAAUUUUGACUGGGUGGGAAAUGAUUUUACUCAAAAUGCAGGAGCUGGCAUCGUUAUCAACCAAGCAGAUGUGGCGAACAACACAAGCAUCGUUAAGCAACUUAAAGCCGUGUUUGAAAGGGACUGGUAUUCACACUAUGCCAAAAGUUUGCAACCAACAAAAAUCCCAAACUGCUUAAACUACAAACUUAACAAAGCAGUGGCAAGUAAGACUGACAUGAAUUAAAAAGACUAUUUCACUGUAUGAUGAAUGAAGAAAUACAUCGGGGCUGCUGUAACCCUAUUUCAUAUUUCCAGAUAAUACUAAAAAAAGGCAAAAAAACAAAUUUUUUAUUUUUUUUUUUUUUUAGGAAAAAGCACACAUAUAAAAAGUUCUCUAAACUAUACUUUCUAUAUUGAAUUAUUUACAACUUUUAAAUUUGUUACUUCUGACAUUGAAUGUCAUUUAUGCUUCGACAUUGAUUUUUCACAUUUGAAUUUGAAAGCAUACUUUGAUUCCUCUCCUUCAGUUUUAGAAUUUUUCGUACCUCCCAUCCUGGUUAGGCAGAACUGAAAUCUGAGCUAUGAAAUGUCAUUUUAAGAUCAGCUGCUAUUGAUACAUAAUGGAGGACAGAUUUCCCCCAUGCAAAAGAUACAAGUUUAAGCAAGUAUUCUCCUGUGUAAAUCAUUCCCUCCAAGUAUAUAGCCAUCCAAGCAGAUUUUGAUAGUUUUGAACAGAUAGUUUGAUAUCAAUAUCUAAUUACAUUUUCACACCAUCCUCAAAAUAUAUUAAAGCUAGCCAUCAGCUUCCUUGUCAUCUUCUAAUAACAACAUACAUUUUCUUUUGUCCAAACAACUUUCACUAUAACCUCUGCCCCCAAACCUCUUAACUUAACAUGCUUCCAAAAAAAAUAUUAAUUUUAAUUCCUUCUACCAUCAAUGUUUAUUCCUUGUUAUACCAAUGUCUCUUUAAUUUUGAAAUUCCUGGAUUCUGAGGAUGUUUUAUUAUAAAAAUCUAUUAUUAUGAUCCAGGGCUGUCUUUUCUUGUCAGCUGUACAAUGUGAUUUUCCCAGUUUGAAGUAUUUCUCAAGAGUGAGACAGCAAUUUUGUGUAGCAUCAUUGUUUGGGGAAAAAACCAAAACCCUUAAAUGCUACUUUUUGAAAAAGGUGAAGGGCUGUGUAAAGCUGUACAAUACUUUUAGUGAAAAUUUUCAGUUUUGUUCUAAUUAAUUUCAUACCUGGCAAACUUUGCCUUGUUAAUUUAAAAACAAAAUGAAUGAACGAACAAACAAACAAAAAAGUAUCCUUUUGUGAAAUGGUGUUUUUGGGUCAAAAUAGGUCAUUCAAUUUCUUGCAUGUUUUUUAUAACUAUAAAAGAAAUGGGGACAGAUUCAUUUCUGGUGUAACUCCACACCUCACUGACUUCAGCAAUUACACCAGCAAUGAAUUUCAUCCAGCAUAUUCAAAGUGAAGAUCAGUUUUCAAAUCAGAUCCGUUUAUUUGCAAAAUUUCACUGAAGGACCAAGAGAAGCUCUAGCGUGAAUAUCUUUCAAUCAUGUGUCUUGGGAUAAACUUAAUAUUAAGUCCUUGCAUAAAGGCAGAAGAGCCAAAAAUUCCAGAGUAUGCAGUUAUAGCUUCUGCUAGCAGUAGCAUAUAAAAAGAUAAAAAAUAUUAACCACUGAUAUAUUUCCCUUCCUUGCAUUGUUGAUACUAGGAAUGCAUUGAAUUUUUAGUAUGUUUUAUACAGAUAAUGGAAAAUGUCAAUGGAGCAAAACCUUGUCAAUAGGAGAAAGUGAUUUUGGGUUGCCACUGACCUUAUAAUUCUGAUACCAAAUGAAUGACAUAGAUACAGUAGUUC